AUGCAUCUUGCCGAGCGCAACAUGUGGCGCAUCGCAGCAAAACUCCUCUGGGCCUUUGACUUCUCCGAGUAUGUAGAUCCUCGGACUGGAGUUAAGGCGCCCUUGGAUCCCGAUGCGUAUAACCCAGGGAUUCUUCAGGCGCCGUUGCCUUUUAAGAUUGCUAUCAAACCCCGAAGUGAGAAACAUGUUCAGCGAAUUCAACAAGAGAUGUCGGACGCACUGGACUUUUUGAAACAGUACAGCUGA